GGAAGAGAAUGAGAUAUGUUCCCACAGACUGCCAGAGACAAGGGCUAUAUGUCAGUCAGGCUAACACAUUGUCUUUCCCAUCCCUUAGGCCUGAAGCUCAUAGGAGCCCCCGUGACAAUGACAGUGUCUCAGGGACAGCCAGUGACGCUCAACUGCAGUGUGGAGGGGAUGGAGGAGCCUGACAUACACUGGAUUAAGGAUGGGGGUGUGGCCCAGAAUGCAAACCAGGUGUACAUCCAAGUCAGCGAGCAGCACUGGAUUGGCUUCCUCAGCUUGAAGUCAGUGGAGCGCUCUGACGCAGGCCGCUACUGGUGCCAGGUGGAGGAUGGGGGAGAAACAGAGAUCUCCCAGUCAGUAUGGCUCAUCGUAGAAGGUGUGCCACUUUUUACUGUGGAACCAAAAGAUCUGGCAGUGCCACCCAAUGCCUCUUUCCAACUGUCUUGUGCGGCUGUGGGUCCUCCAGAACCUGUUACCAUUUUCUGGUGGAGAGGACACACGAAGGUUGGGGGACCUGCACCUUCUCCCUCUGUUUUAAAUGUAACAGGGGUGACCCAGAGCACAGAGUUUUCUUGUGAAGCUCACAACAGAAAAGGCCUGGCCACUUCCCGCCCAGCCAUUGUUCGCCUUCAAGCACUGCCUGCAGCCCCCUUCAACAUCACAGUGACGAAGCUCUCCAGCAGCAAUGCUAGUGUGGCCUGGGUGCCAGGUGCUGAUGGCCGAGCCCUAAUCCAUUCCUGUACAGUGCAGGUAACACAGGCCCCAGGAGACUGGGAGGUCCUGGCUGUUGUGGUCCCAGUGCCACCCUUUACCUGUUUGCUCCGGGACCUGGUCCCUGCCACCAACUACAGCCUCAGGGUGCGCUGUACCAACGCCUUGGGGCCCUCUCCCUAUGCUGACUGGGUGCCCUUUCAGACAAAGGGCCUAGCUCCUACCAUCGCUCCCCAGAACCUCCAUGCCAUCCGAACCCACUCAGGCCUUAUCUUGGAAUGGGAAGAAGUGAUCCCUGAGGGUCCUUGGGAAGGCCCCUUGGGACCUUAUAAGCUGUCCUGGGUCCAAGACAAUGGAACCCAGGAUGAGCUGACAGUGGAGGGGACCAGGGCCAAUCUAACAGCCUGGGAUCCCCAGAAGGACCUGAUUGUGCGUGUGUGUGUGUCCAAUGCAAUUGGCUAUGGGCCCUGGAGUCAGCCACUGGUGGUGUCCUCUCAUGACCAUGCAGGGCAACAGGGCCCUCCCCACAGCCGCACAUCCUGGGUGCCUGUGGUCCUAGGUGUGCUCACAGCCCUGAUCACUGCUGCUGCCCUGGCCCUCAUCCUACUUCGAAAGAGGAGAAAGGAGACACGGUUUGGGCAAGCCUUUGACAGUGUCAUGGCCCGAGGGGAGCCAGCUGUACACUUCCGGGCAGCCCGGUCUUUCAAUCGAGAAAGACCUGAACGCAUCGAGGCCACAUUGGACAGCCUGGGCAUCAGCGAUGAAUUAAAGGACAAGCUGGAGGAUGUUCUCAUCCCAGAGCAGCAGUUCACUCUGGGCCGGAUGUUGGGUAAAGGAGAGUUUGGGUCAGUGCGGGAAGCCCAGCUGAAGCAGGACGAUGGCUCCUUUGUGAAAGUGGCUGUGAAGAUGCUGAAAGCUGACAUCAUUGCCUCAAGCGACAUAGAAGAGUUCCUCAGGGAAGCAGCUUGCAUGAAGGAGUUUGACCAUCCACACGUGGCCAAGCUUGUUGGGGUGAGCCUCCGGAGCAGGGCUAAAGGCCGUCUCCCCAUCCCCAUGGUCAUCCUGCCCUUCAUGAAGCAUGGAGACUUACACGCCUUCCUGCUUGCCUCCAGAAUUGGAGAGAACCCUUUUAACCUGCCCCUCCAGACCCUGGUCCGGUUCAUGGUGGACAUUGCCUGUGGCAUGGAGUACCUGAGUUCCCGGAACUUCAUCCACCGAGACCUGGCCGCUCGAAAUUGCAUGCUGGCAGAAGACAUGACAGUGUGUGUGGCCGACUUUGGACUCUCGCGGAAAAUCUACAGUGGAGACUACUAUCGUCAGGGCUGUGCCUCCAAAUUGCCUGUCAAGUGGCUGGCCCUGGAGAGCCUGGCUGACAACUUGUAUACUGUACACAGUGAUGUGUGGGCCUUUGGAGUCACCAUGUGGGAGAUCAUGACUCGUGGGCAGACGCCAUAUGCUGGCAUUGAAAAUGCUGAGAUUUACAACUACCUCAUUGGCGGGAACCGCCUGAAACAGCCUCCGGAGUGUAUGGAGGACAUAUAUGAUCUUAUGUACCAGUGCUGGAGUGCUGACCCAAAGCAACGCCCAAGCUUCACAUGCCUGCGAAUGGAGCUGGAGAACAUUCUAGGCCACCUGUCUGUGCUGUCCACCAGCCAGGACCCCUUGUACAUCAACAUUGAGAGAGCUGAGCAGCCUACUGAGGGAGGAAGCCUGGAGCUGCCCUGCAGGGAGCAAUCCAGCAGUGAGGCAGGGGAUGGCAAUGGCAUGGGGGCAGUAGGUGGCAUCCCCAGUGACUGUCGGUACAUCUUCAGCCCUGGGGGACAGGUGGAGCAGCAGCCAGAAAGCCCCCUCAACGAGACCCAGAGGCUGCUGCUGCUGCAGCAAGGGCUACUGCCCCACAGUAGCUGUUAACACACAGGCAGAAGGCAGCUGGGGCCAUCCACCUGGCUCUGCUGGCUACUGUGCUGGCUGACUAAGCCCAGUCUGACCCCAGCCCAGGCAGCAAGGUAUGGAGGCUCCUGUGGUAGCCCUCCCAAGCUGUGCUGGUACCUGGACUGACCAAAUUGCCCAAUCCCAGUUCUUCCUGCAGCCACUCUGGCCAGCCUGGCAUUAGUUCAGGCCUUGGCUUGGAGAAGGUGAGCUAGACCUGGUUGCCUGAAUUCAGGCAGCUGGCAAGGGGGUGGUGGCUACUUUUCCAUGGGUACCAUGGUGUGGAUGGCAGUUGGGGGGUAGAUCCAGCCCUGUGGGCCCCUACCCUCCUGGCUGAGCUGCCCUUGCUGCUUUAGUGCAUGCAUGGAGCUGCCUCCAACUGGGAGGCCCAGCAAUGCCCACCACACUUGGGUUUAAAUGCCAGGUUUGCCCCUCUAAGUCACAAAGAGAUGUCCUUGUACUGUUCCCUUUUAGGUGAGAGUUAGGAAGGGAUUAGCACACUCGGGUUUCAAAACCCUGUGGCAGGAGAUGGUGGAACACGCUCCUCAUCACCUUCCUGAUCUCCACCCUGCCAGGCAUGGAGCUGUCUGGGCCCCUCUAAGGCAUGUGGGAGUACCACAGGCUACAGAGGCCCAUCUUCUAGAGGCAGUACACUCUGAGCCUGGGCAGGCAGAAGGGGUGCUGAGGGGCUGGCCCAGGAGUGAGUGAGAUGGGAGGAGUUCAGGAGUACCACUCCAAGCCUCCCACAGUCUGUUUGAGCAUGCUACCAUGUCCCUAAAUAUCCCAAGACUAACAAAGGCAAUUGUGUCUGAGCCCAGCCCUUCUACAUGGUGACCCUUAGGCCCACCCUUCCCUCUAACUGGACACCCUCUUCUGUCCCAAAUCUCUAGAGAGAGAAUAAGCCUGAUGGCUGGUGUGGGUGAGAGAAGUUCCAGGAGCCUGGACCCCAUCCCCAACUGGAGGUAUCUCCUGAAAUAUACAUAGCAGGCCCUUGCUGUUAGGGACAUUUCCAAGCUGUUAAAUUGCUAUUUUAAAACAGAAAUAAAAUUGAAAAUUAAAGUCAA